AUGAAUUUGACAGACGGAGAUACGUCUUACAAACUGAAAUAUACAGACAGAAGUCCAAACAUACCACCGGCCGGAAAACUAAUACCUCUAGGAGACAGGGCUAAGACCUGCUUACAAGAAGUGCCAAAGGUAAGUCCAGUGGCCCCCACCCCACCGGUCAUAAGGAGAUUCCGAAACAGCAUCCAACCAGAACCAGGAGCUAUCAGAGUGCACCGAGGUAAAGCAAAUGAUCCAGAUGUUGCCAGCACUCUUGUUCAUGGCAUCAGCACCAAAUCAUCCCUCACUGGCAGAACCUUGCUAAAUCCUCCUCAAAAGACCUUGUUCCAAAAUAAGUUACAAGAGCUCACUGAAGCAGUGUACACCUCCGGUCGAAAAGCACCUUUGGGCAGACCACAUGAUCAGCGCAUGGGACUUCCUACUUGGUAUAAUGACAAAACUGCAUUUGGUGUUAAAACAGUUAAAGUGUUGGGUGCGCAGGAGAUUAUUAAUCCUUCAAAAACAGCUGAAGAGGUGGAGAAGGAAGCUCAGAAGGGACACGAGGCUUAUGUUCGUAGCCACAAUGCCUUUUUUGUUGGUGAGCAGAUUGAUAGAAAGUAUGACUGGAGUCUUCACAGUAAAGACAACAGGUUUGGGAUCCUCACACCUCAUUUUAAUGAUGGCCGUAAUGUUGGCAAAACUCUCCACUGGCUGGGAGAGACACAGAAGUUUUACAAUCCAAAGCCUGUUUGGAAGAGAUCUGGGAACAAGGAAAAGAUAGAACCACAAACUGACAACCGUUGUUUCAGGAGAAGAAACUCUUUGAAUGUUCCACCAGGUCACACGUUUGGAAUGGUCUUGCCACUGGAUGAAUUUGGUGCUGGAGAUAUAAUCCACUCCACGGAGCCAGGGCAGUAUGUGAGAGGUCGAGACCGACAGCGCAGCCUAGUCAACGCAGUGCGACACCACCUCAAGAAGGUCAAUUUCCACAACUUCCCCUCCCUGCUGCAGGCGUUCAGACAUUAUGACAAGAAAGGCAAGGGAAUGAUUGACAAAGAGGACCUGCAGGCAGUGUGCCGUCAGUUCCAGCUGGAUGUUAGUGAGCCGGUCCUGGAUGACCUGAUGGAUUACUGUGACACAGACAAAGAUGGACUAAUAAACUUCCUGGAGUUUGCGAACUUCCUCAACUGGAAGGACAAGAUGGUUGUCAACGCUCGGGACCAAGGCAUCAUAACAAAUGAGUGUCAGACCAACACAGCCCCAGCUAACAUAGAGAGGAAGCCUCUGUCAGAAUCAGAACAGCUUCCUGCAUCUCAGGCCUUGAUUAAACCUGAAGACCUGGAGCCCGUAGAGCCAGGCAGCCCGAAGAAGACUGUCAGGACCCUGAGGCGACACAGGGCAGUCCCAGACCACUUCAUCACCUCCUCCUCCCUCCUUGGGGCUAUCAGUGAUGGUCCGCUCACAUCAAACAUUCGCACAUAUGGGAUCCCGUCUGUGCGCUCCGACCUUCCAGCUCCACGCAUCAAGAGAGUCAGUGACACUACUAACUACGGUGAUACAUCCACAGCAGCAGAUCUUCUGCAUCCAUCAGUUCACGCCCUCUGGGGGGUUCAUGAGGAACACCUGUUCUGUCCUCGCACCAAGAAGGAGAUUGCAGAGAUCUUCAGGAACGUGGGUGUGAAUAUUUCUGAGGAGACCUUUGAAGAGGCCUGGAAACUGGCGUGCAUGAAGCAGCCGGAUGGGGAGGUUUGUGUUGAGGUUUUCCGUAAUGUACUCAAGGAAAUAAAAGCAGUGUAAUACUGAAUGUUUCCCUAUAACCAUCAGUAUUUCUGUCUAAACAUAUAUCUCUGCUGUCCAGUGAAAACUCCAAAAUGUUUUAGUGUUGCUUCAAAAAUGUUGUUUGCUUUUUGUCUUGACGUACAGUUUAGUUGUCUUUGUCUGAAUAUUGA